AUGACGGACACGUAUGUGGUCAUAGGUUCAGUACUCGCUGUGCUGGCCACUACCGUGUUAUUACUACGUGAGUCCAAGCCCAAAGAGGACAAAUUAGCUCAAGAAAUGCUUCGUAUUGGUCAACAAAUGAAGAUGUACAAGGAGGCGACUGAACCCGUCGGUCUUGUCACGAAAACGCGACAUCGCAGCGUCGAUGAGAGCCCUGAGUUUCCAGGAGGACGUGUAGUUAUUCUCUUUGGUUCACAGACUGGAACAGCUGAAGGUUUUGCUGAAGUUUUGAAAAAAGAAGGACGUAAAGCUGGUUUCCAGACGCAUGCGAUUGAUUUAGAAGAUUAUAAUGCUGUCGAGAAGCUCAGGAACGAGAAGCUUGUGAUUUUUGUCAUGGCUACAUAUGGAGAAGGUGAUCCAACGGAUAAUGCAGUGGAUUUUAUCAAGUUUCUAAAGGAUAAAGAAAACGUUUUGGGAGAUGAGGCAUUUCAACAGGUAGGCUAUACGGUCUUUGGACUGGGGAAUACGCAGUAUGAACAUUACAAUGAGAUGGGAAGAAUUGUCGACAAUUUGAUGGAAAAACAUGGUGCUCAUCGAGUGUUUCAUUAUGGAGAAGGAGAUGAUGACGCGAGUUUAGAUGAAGAUUUUGAUGACUGGAAAGAGCCACUGUGGAAAGCUUUGAGGAAGCAGUUUAUUGCUACUGAAGAGAUUGAGAAUAAUAGUGAGAUAGUAAAGGAGAUACAAGAACAGACGUUAUCGGCUCCAGAGUACGAGUAUCAGGUGGUGGAGAUACGUGCGUCCGAGGCGAAAAGACUGGCAAAUAAAACCAAAGAGGUCAAGAUGAAGGCAUCGACCAAACACUUUUUUACAGCUAAGGACGCUAAAGUCGUGGUAAAUCGAGAACUGCGUCUGUCGACUGAAGGAGGUUCGACGGUGCAUGUGGAGCUGGAUCUGCGUGGAAUAGGAGUGACGUAUCAGACGGCUGAUAAUCUAGCAGUACUACCCGAGAAUGAAACGAGUGUGGUGGAACGUCUGGCCACACGGAUGGACUGCGACUUGGAGCAGUGGGUGUCGCUUAAGCCUGUGGAUGAGGAUCUGCACUGCGAGUUUCCGUUCCCGUCACCGUGCACUAUUGGCGAGAUAUUGAGUCGCUACCUGGCUAUUAACAGCGCACCGCGCAAGGGCCCGCUAAAGCAGCUGGCGUUCUUUGCGUCGGACUUGGUGGAACGAGCUCAUUUGAUGCGGUUGUCAUCGAAAGAGGGCAAGGAGGAAUAUCAGAAGUGGAUUUUGGAAGACAAGCGCUCUUUUGUCGACGUCCUGGUGCACUUUCGUUCGGUGAAGGUAUCCGUGCAGACUCUGCUCCAUAUUGUACCGUUCUUACUGCCGCGGUACUACACCAUCUCGUCUUCUAGUCUUGUUAACCCGCAGCGCGUGCAUGCUACUGUGAGCCUCAUUGAAAGCAAGCAGAAUGACGGUCGUGUCUUCCGGGGCGUGUGCUCGAACUAUUUGAACAGACUGCAGCCUCUCGUGGCGCACAUGGAUGACAAGAAAAAGCGCGACAGCCGUCCAGGUGAUCAGGGUUUUAAGAAGCCGCGCGAGUGGCCCACCGCUCGCAUCUUCAUCCGUGCUUCAACCUUCCGCCUGCCCAAGAAUCCGCUCACGCCUAUCAUUCUUAUCGGUCCGGGCACGGGUAUUGCUCCCAUGCGAGCCUUCCUGCAAGAGCGAGCUAGACAGCAAGAAGAUGGUGUGACUGUGGGCAAGUCCAUUAUGUACUUUGGUUGCCGACGCCGCGAUGAGGAUUUUAUUUACAAGGACGAGUUAGAUGGAUUCCAGGAAAGUGGCGUGCUCAGUGAGCUGCACUUGGCGUUCUCGCGCGAGCAGGAAGAGAAGUUGUACGUGCAACACUUGCUAGUGCAGAAUGGCCAGGCGACCUGGGAGCUUAUUUGCGAUAAUAACGCACACAUCUAUGUGUGUGGCGCCACUAGCAUGGGCAACGAUGUCAACAAGGUGCUGCACGAGAUCAUUGAGAAGUUUGGCGGCCAGUCCAAGGACGAAGCGCAGGCGACGCUCAAAAAGCUCCAGGAUGACCAACGUUAUAUCCAGGAACUCUGGGCAUAG